AUACAAAGUGCCACACACAGCAGCUAUAUUGCAGUGCCGCUUUAGUUCAAGUUCCGCGAGCCGCACGAAGCCCCCAGCUGUGUUACAUCACAGCAGCAGCACAAAAGUUAAACUAUUUGGUAGAAGAGAAGUUUUGCGCGGAGAAUCGUAUCGUGUUGUGUUUUUUGAGGUCGAUCGGUUUUCCUUUCCUAUAGUUUGCCUGCCUGCCGCCGCCUGUCUUGCCCCGCCGCCAACGGACUGUGCCACACAUGUUUGUGCCGUGCCACACAAAACAGAGAAAACAGAGAAAAACACACACACAAAGUAGUCGGCGCGUUAGUUUUUCAAUUUCCACUCGGAGCGGGGGCCCGUCUCAGUCUCAUUUCUAAUUGUGAUUCGUAGGAAGUAAGUUCUCUAGUGAAAAAGUAGUCAGAUAAAAAUAGUAUAAUAAUUACAACAGAAUAUCGGAACACCACAAAUAAAACAACAAUAAAUGAAAACACCACCAGAAUAGUAAAAAUAAAAAGUAAUAUAACAAGCCCGCAAAUCGUCCGUUAAAUCCACGUAUCGACGCGAUUGAGUAACUACCAGAAACCGAACCGAACCUAACGUAAUGUGUGUAACGUGAACGUGAACGCGAACGGGUGUGUGAAAUAGAAGAGGACAGCAACAGCAAUAAAGUCAAAAAUAUCUUCGGACCCAGGGAAGGACGCAGCGGCAGCCACUAAAUAACGAUUUAGAGCGAGUCAACAAAACAAAGGAAUCUGUGUGGGAGAAGCCAGAGAUACGUCAAAACCGAAUAGAACUACAGAUACAUAUGUAUAUUCUGUAGAAUAAAUAUCACAAACGGAUCAGAGGCAGAGCCAGUGCCAGAGCUAUCGGCAGAUACAGAUUAUAUUUCCAUCCAUCUCUGUACCUAUGCUUGCAACAACAAUUAUCACGUUAUCAGCAGCAGCAGCAACAGCAGCAGCAUCAGCACCAGCAGCGCCAAUAGCCGCAGCCUAAUUGUAGUCUGUCCAGUAACCCCAGUCGCAUCCUUUCGAAGAAGGAAAAGGCAGAGCAAAAGGCUUUGCCACAGAGAAGAUUUAAAUUCGGCCAGCGCGCACCCCCAACGACAAAUAACAGCCUCAAGAUUCUGCCAUUUGGGGCCAACUUUCGUCUGGAGACGACACCCGGUGAGAUGCACAAAAUAUCGGCACAGCCGCCAUCCUCAGCGCCUGCUGGUGGACUGGAUGCGCCACUGGCGGCGCCCAAAUAUGGCACAUUGAUACCAAAUCGUAUCUUUGUGGGCGGAAUAAGUGGCGAUACCACCGAAGCUGAUUUGACGCGCGUCUUCAGCGCCUACGGUACAGUGAAGAGCACCAAAAUUAUUGUGGAUCGUGCUGGUGUGAGCAAGGGAUAUGGCUUUGUCACAUUCGAGACAGAGCAGGAGGCGCAAAGACUGCAAUCGGAUGGUGAGUGCGUGGUUCUACGUGAUCGCAAAUUGAACAUUGCGCCGGCCAUCAAGAAACAGGUAUUCCUCUUCGAACAGCCCAAUCCUCUGCAGUCGAUUGUGGCCACAAAUGGAGCUGUUUACUACACAACCACGCCGCCGGCACCGAUCAGCAAUAUACCGAUGGAUCAGUUUGCAGCCGCUGUAUAUCCGCCAGUUACUGACUUUACAGCCGCUGGAGUGCCAGCCAUCUACCCACCUUCAGCCAUGCAAUAUCAGCCAUUCUAUCAGUACUACAGUGUGCCAAUGCAGAAUGUACCCACCAUUUGGCCUCAGAACUAUCAAGGUUAAACCCUAAAAGAAACAUAAAAGUAAAGCAAUUUUCGUAGUCGCCAAUUUUUCGUUGAGAGCUGCCCUGCAAAAAAAAAAAAAAUAUAUAUAUAAAUUAAAAAAAAAAAACCAUAUGAACAACAACAUCAAAUGCACGUGAAACUGCAACUACAACAACCAACAACAAUCUGAUAUCUGAUGAUUCAACAAAAACAACAGCAACAACAACAACAAUUUCUACAACAGAACUCCUGCCCCUCUGCCACUCUGAUCGAAGCCGCCCAAGCAGCAGCAGCAGCGGCCGCACUUCUAGUUUCUAAUUUUAGUUUAUGAUUUAAUGUUAAUUUAAAGUUAUGUUUUAAGCUCCUGGCUCUUUAGUUUAUUCAGCUAUUACUGUACUGUCUAAUGUAAAUUAGUUGAAUGCCAUGUCCACCAUCACAUAGUAUGUAUGUAUAUGAACAAAAUAGUAGCAAAAAGUGCAGAGUGGUGUGCCAGAACAGACUUCCUAUAAAACAUUUAUGUUUUAUUUUUGUAAUUUACAUCUAUCUUUUUUCGGUUUUGCUUGCUGUAUAUAAAAUAUACAAUAUAUAGAGCGGAGAAUGUUCUCUGUAAAUAGUAGUAGUCGCGCACUCAUAGAAAUAUACAUACUAUAUUUUACAACUGCUAUAUAUACCAUACUGGAAAUACAUACAUACAUAUACAUAUGUACGUACGUAUGUGUAUGUAUUCCAUGAAAACGAAACGACUUUUUGAAGCCAAUUUCUUGAUUAUUUUGUAGGAAUUUAUCCAUGUUAACUUUUGAGAGGAUGCAGACAGCCAGUGAGAGAGAAAGCAACAAUAGGUGAUGCUACUACUACUACUACUACAAACUACAAACUACAACAAAUCCACAAGAACAACAACAGCAACAAAAGUAAACUACAACAAAAUCAUCAAAUAGUACAGUACACACCACACACCCAUACCAUACAACACACACAACAGCUGCAAUUUCGCAAAAUGUUUAGUCAAAGAAAAUUAUAUUGGAAGGAAGUGAAGGAAAAGCUCUUCACCCCCACACACACACACACAGAUGUAGACCGAAAUGCAGAAGGGAAAACCGAUGGGGAAAUUUUGUGUAAAUUAAGCUGCUUAUGUUAUUAAAGGUACACCUACUGUAUCUGUGUGAAUUUAAAGUCCAUCUGCCUUUGUGUGUGGUGUGUGUGUGUGGAAGAUGGAAUUUGUUGGUGCAAACAUUUAUGAUGUGCAAUUAGCGAAGAGAAUGGAGAGAAGGAGUAGAACAGAGAGGGGCUUACUGACAAAACUGCACCACCAGAGUCAGUUGCAGCGAAUGGAAAUGGUAAUGGGAAAUACAGUGAAAUUCCUCUAAACGGACAGGACAGUACCCAAAAAUUAAAUAUGAAAUAUGUCUGUCUGGCUAUGAAGGGGAGUUUCAACUGUAUAUAAGGAAUGGGAUGGAUGUUGAUAGAGAGAGGAGGCAGUUGAACACUUAAACAAUAUUUAAAACUAUACUAUAAAUAUAUACAUAUAUGGAUAUGAUACUUACUAUAUACAUAACUGGAUUAUACAGAGGCAGCAAAUGUGAAAAGUACGCACACACACACACACACACACCACAGAUACACCGAAACACAAACAAACACGCAGACACAGAAUAUAUACUAUAGAUAAUAACGGAAUACAAAUUGCAUACAUACAUAUAAACAUAUAUAUAUAUAGGAUAUAUACGAUAUAUGGUAGCUAAGAGAAGAGAAGAGAAGCGAAGCGAAGAUGGCAGGGCAGCGAUCGAAGAUUAAAGACAUAAAAUUAUGCAUAAAUUAAUUUAUAUAAAUAUAUACAUACAUACAAUAUACAGUACAUAUAUAUAUAUACAUAUAUAUACGUAUAAUGAAAAUAACUGUAACUCGUAACUGUAACUGUAAACUGGUAUACUGUUAUACACAGACAUACAAACAUACACAUACAGCGAUACAAAGCAAAAAGAAGAAUGAGAAGGAAUGGAGUGAGGAAAUGAAUUAGCAAAGUAGACGACGGACAAAGUCAAAGCAAAAGCUACGCACACACUAACACACAAACACACUCACACACAGAAGAGAGAGAGUGGGGCUACGCAAGCCCUCCCUACUCUCUCAGCGAUCAAAACUGAACGAAAAACAAACCUUAGUUUAAACGAAAAACAAAAUAUACUAUACAUACAUACAUAUAUAUAUACCUACUAAAAAGCAAGAGACAUGAAAAUGUUAAAUCUAGUUACGUAAGCCAAGCAAAAAGUGAACUAAAAACGAUGAAGAGAGAGUGGAAAACAAAAGAAACAAAAACAAAAAAGAACACACUAUACAAUAAAGAUAUUCAAAAUAUGAUGCGAAAACAUACACAAAACGCUCACAUACAACCAUAUAUGUAUGCGAGACAUAUACAUACUCGUAUAGAGAGACUAUUAAAAAGCUAAACUCAAAGCUCUAGCAAAAUGGAAAAACAAAAACAAAAAAUACAAAAAACGAUAAGUAAAUAGUUAAAAAAUAAAAACAAACUCAAGCAAUACAUAGACACUCAUAGGUGUGUGUUACACAAGAAUAUAGUUAAAUAUAUAUAUAAAUCGAAGAAUAAAUAAUAAUUUAACUAAAGUCUAUAAUAAUAACAAUUAUAAACAGGAAGUGAAAACUAAUGUACAUCAAGCAAAAUGCGAAAUCUGCAAAAAUGUUGUUUUAUCAUCUCUGUUUUUUCUACCGUACAUACAAUACAUACCCCGAAGUAAACGUAAAAAAUUCUGUUGUAUCUACAUACUGUAUUGUUAUGAUGAUGAUGAUGAAUCAAAAACAGGAACGUCUGAAUGUUUGUUAACCAAAAAAUUGUUUAAAUACGAAUCUGAGUAGGCAACAUUUGCGGGGGCAGAAUGUAGGGCUGUAGGGCUGGUGGAGCUGAAGCGGGGCGACUGGCGAGCGAGAAUUCCAUUCAAAAUUGGUGCAUAAUUUGGCUGAAAUUCGAAAAAAAAUAUUCAUAUAUUAUAUAUACUCGUACGUGUAUGCCUUAUUGAAUCGAAAAAAAAAGAUAUUAUUUGCCCCAUUGUAAAGAAAAUAAUAAACGAGAACCCAGAGGUUUCAAAAAUACCUGCUAAACAACAACAACAACAGAGGUCGCCGGGGGAGUCGCCACAGAAACCGCCAGAAAAUACCAUAGAAAAUCCUCACAGAGUCCACACGACGCACACACACUGCCACCGCAAAUGCAACUGAACUUUGGAUUCAAUAAAUUGUUGAGAAAUUUUUACUAAAUUGUUAAAUAGUUAAAUACAAAACGAAACAUUUUUAAAUCGAAUCGUAACAAUAAUUAGGAAUCACACUUUGUCGAGGCAAAGGCGAUAGAAAAAGCGAAAGCGAAAGCAACCCCAAACAAAAUGAAACGAAAUGGAAAGCAAUAAUUCAGAAGACAGGCUCUAGUUAAAAACUACUCGUAAACUACUGAAAAACAAGUCGAA